CAGGAAGGGCCAAUGGUAGCACUGUAUAGUGUUGUCUUGUUCUGAUGGUCCAGUUUGACAGCUAGAAUUGUUAUGACUAAUGAUGAUCGCAUUUAUUCGACGACUGUUCCUGACCACAUUACGUUGCCGUCAUAUGAUCAAGAAGAAAUCAUUGUUUUGUACUCCUGUUCCUUCUCCUCCUUUAUUAAGACCGCAAAGAAGCUGUCAUCAAGAUCUAAGGGAACUGUUUAAAUAUGGUGUAAUACAGAAUUACCUGGAUAACUUAAGUAAAGAAUACAAGCAUGUUAGUCAGAAGCUGAAUGACCAUUUGUUAAGUGAACACCAUCGAAGAGCUCUUCAGAACCAGUAUGCAAAACUGUCUCCUAUAGCUGUGUUGCUUCAGGAUAUCCAGAAUGCAGAAAUCGAAGCAGUGGAACUUGAAACAAUGUCUAAAAAUUUUGACAGUGGAGCUGAGAAACAGUUGUUGAAUCUUUUCGUGGAGGAAAAAGAGGAAAUCAGCCGAAAAAUAGAAGUAUUUCAGAGGAAGCUUUUACAGAUCUUAAUUCCAAAGGAAAAACAUGAUGAAAAGGAUGUCAUUUUGGAGGUAACAUCAGGAAGAACGACUGGAGGUGACAUUUGUCAGCAAUUUACAAAGGAGAUCUUUGAAAUGUACCAGAACUAUGCAGAUUACAAAUGCUGGAACUUCACAAUUCUCAACUACACAUCAGCUGAAUAUGGAGGACUUCAUCAUGCUUCUGCCAGAAUUUCAGGGAACAGUGUCUACAGGCACCUUAAGUAUGAAGGAGGAACGCACAGAGUUCAGCGAAUUCCUGAAAUUGGUUUAUCAUCAAGAAUGCAGCGCAUACACACUGGAACAAUGACAGUUAUAGUGCUUCCGGAACUGGAAGAGGUAGAUAUUCAGUUAGAUCCCAAGGAUUUACGGGUUGAUACCUUUAGGGCCAAAGGAGCAGGUGGCCAGCAUGUUAACACAACUGAUAGUGCAGUCAGGAUUGUACACCUUCCAACUGGAAUGUCAGUGGAGUGUCAGCAGGAGAGGUCUCAGCUACAAAACAAGGAGACUGCUCUGAGAAUCCUAAGAGCUAAGCUGUAUCAACAGACACUGGAAAGGGGUCUGGAACAAAGACAAACUGCUCGGAAAAUUCAGGUGGGAACAAGAGCUCAGUCAGAUAGAAUUCGAACUUACAACUAUGUCCAGGACAGAGUUACUGACCAUAGGAUAUCCCAUAUAUCCCGUGAUGUCAAGGAAAUGCUAUGUGGAGGCAGUGUGUUGGAUCAUCUUAUAACAAAGUUGUUGGAGUCUGCAGACAGAGAAGUGUUCCUUGAAAUUGCAGCAGGCAGCUAUGAAGAGUCUAAAGGCAGCUGACCUGCAACAUGUACAUCAUUGUGUGUAAAAAUAAAUAAAUACCUAAAUAAAUGCAUAUUUACUAAAAUCA